GGUGUAGUAGGCCUAUAGGAAAAUACCUCGUAUAAGAAAAGGCUCAUCUUGUGCCCACUUGGACUCGCCUAUAGACUGUAGUGCAAACUAAUCUUUUUAAAGUUGCUGUCUCGGAGAGAAACAAAGAUUAAGAGACUCAGGUUUUACAGAAUCAUAUAAAUGAUCAUGGCUCCACAUCCUAUAAUCCAGGCCAUCAUCGACUUCUCAGCUGGAGCAAUGGGGGGUACAGCUUGCGUGCUGAGCGGUCAGCCCUUUGACACAGCAAAGGUGAAGAUGCAGACCUUCCCCACCCUGUACCGCGGCUUCAUCCACUGCUUCACAUCCACUUUCAGACAGGUGGGCUUACAUGGUCUCUACAAAGGAAUAUCCCCAGCCCUUAUAGCCAACAUCAGUGAGAACGCUGUGCUCUUCCUCAGUUAUGGUCUCUGCCAGGAUGUGAUCCGAUUUGUGUCCAGUAUGGAGAAAGGGGCCCAUCUCAGUGAUAUUCAGAAGGCAUGCGUAGGGUCUUUAGCCUCCAUCUUUUCCUCCAUGGCACUUUGCCCCAGUGAGCUGGUGAAAUGUCGCCUGCAGGCCAUGCACGAAAUGGAAGCAUCUGGCAAGAUAGCAAUCGGCCAGAAAAGCACUGUGUGGACAGUAGUGAAGACAGUGUUGAAGACUGAUGGCCCCUUGGGUUUCUACCAAGGACUCACAUCCACCAUAGUGAGGGAGAUACCAGGUUACUUCUGCUUCUUUGGGGCCUAUGAACUGUGUCGGACUAAAUUUGCGCAGUAUAAGGGCACGGACAAAGAUAGUAUAGGUAUUCUUCCCCUCAUGUUCAGCGGUGGAUUUGGAGGAGCUUGUCUCUGGUUGACGGUUUAUCCCAUUGACUGUGUGAAGUCCAGGAUCCAGGUUUACUCUUUAGCUGGGAGGCAAGAGGGCUUCAUGAAGACCUUCAUGGGUGUUAUACGCACUGAGGGCUUCACUGCUCUGUACUCAGGCCUGACUCCCACCAUGAUACGCACCUUCCCUGUCAACGGAGCCCUCUUCCUGGCUUACGAGCUCAGUCGCAAGUUUAUGAUGGAUACGGCUGGUUACUGAUGUGUCUCCACACACAGAAAGUAUUGUGCUGAAACACUCUCUCGUCCUUGUGUAUUUUUAAAAUGAAAUGACUUAGAUUGUGUCUUAAUGUUUGAUUAAAUGUCACUUAAAAAUACUGAAAAUACUUUUGGUAUGGAUGUAUUUGAAUAUGAUAAACACAUUUUGUGCGG